UGGGGGCGGGGCCACGCGGGCACCGGGGCCGGAACCGGGAGCGGGACCGGGACCCCUCCGGGACCCGCGUGCAGCGCGGACCGAGAUGUGGCCGCUCCGCCUGGGCAGGACCCUGCAGCGAUGGGGGGCCCGGGGGGGCCCCGGCAGCCAGCGGGCACAGCAGGGCAGCCAGCGGGCACAGCACGGCUCCGCCGCCGCCGCCACCACCGGGCACGUCCCCGGGUGGACGGGGCAGGAGAGCCUGGCCGAGAGCGACCCCGAAAUCUGGAGCCUGGUGCAGAAGGAGAAGGAUCGGCAGUGCCGGGGGCUGGAGCUCAUUGCCUCUGAGAAUUUCUGCAGCCGGGCGGCGCUGGAAGCCCUGGGCUCCUGCCUCAACAACAAGUACUCGGAGGGCUAUCCCGGGAGGAGGUACUACGGGGGGGCCGAGGUGGUGGAUCAGAUCGAGCUGCUGUGCGAGCGGCGGGCGCUCGAGGCCUUCGACCUGGACCCCGCGCACUGGGGCGUCAACGUGCAGCCCUACUCGGGGUCCCCGGCCAACUUCGCCGCCUACACGGCCCUGCUGCAGCCCCACGACCGCCUCAUGGGGCUGGACCUGCCCGACGGGGGCCACCUCACCCACGGGUACAUGUCCGACGUCAGGAAGAUCUCGGCCACCUCCAUCUUCUUCGAGUCGAUGCCCUACAAGCUGGAUCCGGCCACGGGGCUGAUCGACUACGAGCAGCUGGAGGUGACGGCGCGGCUCUUCCGUCCCCGCCUGGUCAUCGCGGGCACCAGCGCCUACGCCCGGCUCAUCGACUACGGCCGCAUGAGGAAGGUGUGCGACGAGGUCAAGGCGUACCUGCUGGCGGACAUGGCCCACAUCAGCGGGCUGGUGGCGGCCAAGGCCAUCCCCUCGCCCUUCGAACACGCCGACGUCGUCACCAGCACCACCCACAAGACCCUGCGCGGCGCCAGGUCGGGACUGAUCUUCUACCGCAAGGGCGUGCGCUCCGUGGAUAAGAAGACUGGGAAGGAGACGCUCUACGACCUGGAGGACAGGAUCAACUUCUCCGUGUUCCCCUCCCUGCAGGGGGGCCCCCACAACCACGCCAUCGCCGCCGUGGCCGUGGCCCUCAAACAGGCCAACUCCCCGGCCUUCAGGGAGUACUGUCAGCAGGUCCUGAGGAACGCCAAGGCCAUGGCACAGGCGCUGCUGCAGCGCGGGUACACCCUGGUGUCAGGGGGCACCGACAACCACCUGGUGCUGGUGGACCUGCGGCCCAAGGGCAUCGACGGGGCGCGGGCGGAGAGGGUGCUGGAGCUCGUGUCCAUCACCGCCAACAAGAACACGUGCCCGGGGGACAAGAGUGCCCUGACCCCGGGGGGGCUGCGCCUGGGUGUCCCCGCGCUGACCUCCCGCCACUUCCGCGAGGAGGAUUUCCAGAAGGUCGUGGAGUUCAUCGACGAGGGCAUCGUGCUGGCCCUGGACGUCAAGAGCAAAACCAGUAAACUCCAGGACUUCAAGACCUUCCUGCUGCAGGACCCCGAGACGCAGCGGCGCCUGGCUGAGCUCCGCCGGCGCGUCGAGACCUUCGCUCGUGCCUUCCCCAUGCCCGGCUUCAGCGACCACUGAGGGGGGGGCUCCCCUCCUGCCGGGCUGGGGCCACCGGGGGGGGAAAGAGGGGAGGCUGAGACCCCCCCUCUGCCCUUCCCCACUCCCCUUCCUCCCCCUUUAGCACCUUUGGGCGCUCCCUCCCCGGGGCGGGGUCGGUGCCCGCCCAUCCUGCUCUCAGUGUUAGGGUGCAGAGACCCCCCCCAGACCCUGACUGGGGGGGGGCACCGCUUCUUCCAGCCUCAUCUUGCACUUUUCUAUGGGGGGGUGUUGCUAAUAAAAGUGGGGGCAGAGCCUG